CUUUUAUCUUGUCUGCUGUUGCUGUUGCUGUUGCUGCUGUUGCUGUUGUUGAGCAUUUGUCUGUCAUUUCUGCUCGUUCGUUGCUGUGAGGGAAUCACCGACCUACCGCGCAAAGAACACCUCUUUAGUGUUCAACAUGUUCUCCAAAACACUCCUGGCACUGGCUUUGCUAGCUGCUCAGGGUCUUGCGAAGAAGGACUGGGUCAAGGGCAAGGCGUUCGACCGCAUCGCAAUCAUUUGGCUCGAGAACACCGACUAUGACCUCGCUAUUGGGGAUCCCAACUUGGCUGCGCUGGCGAAGAAGGGUAUCUCUCUUACCAACAAGUUCGCCGUGACACACCCCUCGAUGCCAAAUUACGCCGCUGCCGUCUCUGGCGACUACUAUGGUAUCAACCACGACGACAUGAUCAAUAUCCCUUCGAACGUCUCGACUGUUGUUGAUCUGUUGGAGGACAAGGGUAUUAGCUGGGGAGAGUACCAGGAGGACAUGCCCUACACCGGCUACCAAGGCUUCGAUUAUCGCAACCAGACAACCGGCGCGAAUAUGUACGUGCGCAAGCACAACCCGGCUGUGCUGUACGAUUCGGUUGCGCUGAAGCCUGAGAGAUUGGCGAACAUCAAGAACUUGACGCUUUUCCAGGAGGACCUGAAGAACAAUAAACUGCCUCAGUGGAUGUUCAUCACGCCAAACAUGACGAGCGACGGACACGAUACCACCGUCACGGUCGCUGGCACGUGGACUCGCAACUUCCUCGAGCCGCUGCUCAACAACAAGAACUUCAUGAAAAAUACCCUUGUCAUCGUAACCUUCGACGAGAACCACUCAUACGCUCAGCAGAACCGCAUCGUUGGUCUGCUACUCGGCGACGCCAUCCCAAAGAAACUCAUCGGCACCACAGACGACACCUACUACAACCACUACAGCGAGCUGUCAACUGUGCAAGCCAAUUGGGGUCUCCACAACCUAGGGCGAUGGGACGUUGGCGCCAAUGUAUACAAGUUCGUUGCCGAGAAGACUGGUGACGAGCUGCGAAAAUGGAGUGGUGCGGUGCCAUUCUCACAGAUGUUCUUCAACAGCAGCUAUGCUGGAAAGCUGAACGAUAAGAACACCUCUGUGCCUUGGCCGGUGCCGAACACUCAGGCGAAGCAUGCUGGGAGGACUGUGUUGCCGGCUGUUGUGCAGACGUGGGGAAAGCUGUUGAACCAGUCUGCUUAUACUAAGGGUGUUGAGAUUCCAGAUGGCAUGCACCCCCAGGCGGAGUUCAAGUGAUUCGAACUGGAGGUACAGUUGGAGUGAGCGUUAGCUAGAUCGUGAGACUUUGAAUAUGAUUGUUCA